CCGCUGAUUGUCUCAGUCAGCCCGCAGAGACCAGGUAUCUCAGGCAUUGACACCAGGGACAACGAGCCGAUCAUUUAAUUCAAAUUAUACAUCAUCCUCAUUCAAUAUUCCAGUUGUGCGUUGGUUAAAGCUUGGACAGUGGUCAAGAAUACCCAGGAUUAUCCAGAAAUUGAGUUAGAUAUUUGUGUCGUCGCGAACUAGGUGGGAGUGAUAACGCAGGAUCGAUAACGAAGUGCCAUACACUCGGACAACACCUACUGUCUACGGCGUUCAUCAACUCUCCCAAGAUGGUGCAAAGUAACCUCUCCCUGCCAGCAGUUAUUGCAGCUGUUGCUGUGGCAAUGAUGUUUGUGAGCCUAUCGUGUGCUGCCAGCUCAACCACCGAAGCUUCGUCUUCGACCGGUAGCACUGUGACAUCUGAGAGCACCACAAGCGCAUCAAGUACAACAGAUUCAGGCUCGACCCAAUCCUCUGUGUCAGCCGGCAGCACCACGGACUCCACUACCACGACAGCAGCAGCCACCACCAUGGCUUCGUACACUACCUGCUACACGGGAAGCUGCGAUGGUGCAUCUUGUCUCAACAACAUUAGCGGCAAAUGCAACACCACAAUGUAUUGCAAGCUUGACAAAAUGGUAAACAGUACGAGCACAAGCUAUGAUUUGAGUUGCGCUAAUAGCACCUGUACCACGAGUACCAGCGUGUACUGUUGUAAAACAUCUGAUUGCAACAAAGACGAAACCAAGUUAAAUUCAAAUGGAAGUGGUCAUCCCACCUGUUUCGGAAUGAUGAACAUCCUCGCCAUCAUCGUGGCCACCAUCCUCGUCACUCGACAGGUUGUCUGUGUAGGAGAGUAAUGUGGUGGACAUUGUGUGACAUCACAUCGGAGUCAGACAAAGAAAGACUGAUAUAUUUUGGUUUUAACAAUACUGCUGCUCUUGCAAGUACAGUAAUGUGAAACAUCGUUAGGCCGAAAAUAUUAAAAGAAUUAGGAGAGAGAGAGAGAGAGAGAGAGAGAGAGAGAGAGAGAGAGAGAGAGAUCUGGGCCAGUAAAAUAAAAAAAAGAUUUAAAUAAGUUAAUUAAGAAGAAUUAUCUAGGAAUCGAGGAGAGACGGAGAACAUGAAAAAAUAUUAAAAGCUGUUUUUACCUUGGUAUUAUUUAAAUUACACUUCCGCAUAGUCUAAUAUUUUUAUCCAUUUUCUCCAUUCUUUCUCAAACCUAUCCUGUGCAGAAU